AUGCCACCGCGUCCACCACCCAAACAGUCAACUACCGACCAAAUCAAGGCCCUAGAAAAACAGCUGCAAACCCUCGAAACACGCCACACCCUCGAAGCCGCACACUGGCGCCAGUGCCUCCUCCAAGAACGGCACGCACACCAAGAAACCCUCAAACAACUACAGCAGCACAUCUCGACAUUCUCGCAAUUCAUGAAUGCGAUGUCACAGCUCAAUGUGCAGCGCAAGUUUAGCGAGGUCGAGGAUCGACUGGAGAAUUUGAUGGAUUGUCAGCAGCGGUUGUUUGAUAAGGUUGUUAGUGUGGAGGAUUUUGGGAUGAUGUUGGAGGAUAGGGUUGUUGAGGUUGAAAGUCAUGUUGAAAGGGAUGUGGAGUUGGUCCCUCGAAGCAAUCAGAAUCGCAAAAAUGAUGCUAGCGAAGGGGGUAGCUGUGGGUGCUAUCUAAGGGGGGUGAAGAGGGAGGUUGGAAGCGAUGAUGAGAUCGAGCCUGUGAGCUCAAAUUACAAAGUUGCACGAAGAGAAUGA